UUACUACAACAAAGUUGACUUGGACAUCACCAACAAAGAAUGGGCCAAAACCUCAGCUUCACAGAAUGUAACCUUUGGUUCUUCCCUUACUGUAAUAACAAGCACUACAUCAUGAUUUGUGUCAACAUCAAAGCAGAGAGAUUUGAAGUGCUUCGACAGUCUCCGUCACAAAUAUUUUGAAAAAACAUACAACUCAAUGGCAGAGAGGGUUGUCCAGUUACGCAAUCAACUACAUGAAGACACAGUUUGCAGACAAGACAGUAAGGUGGGAGAGUUUAGCUGGUUCAAGCUCGAGAAGGUUACACAACCAGAUCAAAUUUCAUGUGGGAUGUACGUCAUCAGGUGGAUGAGACACUGGGAAGGUAAGUACAACAGUGCCCUGACCAAAGAUUGGAAGAGGAUUGAUCUCAUAAAUGAAGAAAGGGAGUGCCUGAUGUUGGACAUCAUUCUUGAUGAAGAAAAUCUUGAACGGGAGAGGAUCAUGAAAGAAGCAACAAAGUACUGCAACAUGAAGAACAAGAAGAAAGAGUUGAAAGGAAGGAAAUGAAAAUUCUAUUAUCGUUUGUGUUAAGUAGUAGGAGGGUAUGAGUAAGCUUUUGAGAACAAACUCACAAUGUUC